ACGGAAUCACCCUUUGCCCUGAACCCCCAUUUCAUUUCAUUUCAGUCGUCUUCUACUCGCUUUGAUCGGAGUAAAAGCUCAGAAGGUCUGUCUGUCGUCAAUGGGGGGAAGCUAUGUGGAGCAAGCUCGUGAGAAUCACGUCAAGAAGAAGGUUGAAGAAGCGCUGCGUAGCAAGAUGAAGGCAAAGGCAUUAAACGAAUGUGAUCAGUACGUCUCCAAGUAUGCUGAAUGCGCCACGGGACGCACUUUUUCUGUCGUGUGGACAUGUCGUAAGCAAGCUAAAGAGCUCAACACCUGCCUCCAUCAGUUCACCAAUGACAAAGUGUUGGAGGAAAUGAAGAGAGAGUACAUGAUUCAGGAAGAGGGUAAAGUCUCUGCUUCCACCACAUAAAUUUUUUCCUUGGACAAAAGACUUGAGUUGGACCAAUAUAAGGUUGUCGCCUUGUUUCUGUUGAUCAUGGACUAAAGAGAUCCUUCUUGUAAUGGAUGCUUUUCUAAGAUCCGAGUCUUGAUUAUGGCCUUUCUACAAUAAAAUGGUUUAUUCACUACAAGAAAUGUAAUAGAUUUUUUUUGU